CAAACAGACCUUGAAUAUGGCUCCCUUGCCGUUUGCUGUCCAAUCGCAAUAGCAUGAAUACAAGCGGGCGCGAAUAAGAACCCCACCCCUAAUAUUUGAGUCGUUACCGGUCACGUACGUAUGUCUAUUUACGCGCCUCCGUUGCUCCGCUAGAGACCCGUAGGCCGUAGCUAGCGCCGAUUCUUCAACAGAAACUUUGAAAAUCCCCUCGAAGAAAAUAACGCGAUGAUUACCGUAGAGGAGGAACUGAUGAGCGCAGUUUCUGAAGGUGACAAGGAAAGAGUUGGACAGCUACUUUUAGAGGGAGUAGACCCCAAUGUGUUUCCCCCAAUGGUAAAAUGCUCUGGGUUUAGGUCUUAUUGUGCAGGUUCAGCAAUGAGCGUUUAUGCAGACUGACUCAACACCGCUCAUGGAAGCAAGCAGAGGUGGAAAUUUCGAGAUUGCUCGCUUGCUAUUAGACAAUGGUGCCAACCCUAACCUAGCUAACAGCGAGAACUGGACCCCACUUAUGGCUGCAGCAAACAAUGGUCAUUUGGGUACUGCUGACACACUGCUAGGUAGGAAAGCUGAUCCAGAUAAGCAGGAUGAUAGUGGCUGGUCAGCUCUUAUGGCAGCAGUGUUUAAGCGUUACAAUGGUGUUGCUCUCAGGAUUCUCACAGCUGGAGCAAAACCACAUAUACAGGACAAGAACAAAACAAACGCUUUGUUGCUGGCUAUUAAGAUACACGGGACUGACACAGUUGUAGAAGCUCUACUUGAUCAUAUGGAUCCAUCUUACCUAGACAUCCAGGACAGCGUAAAUCUCUAUGGAUCCAUGAAUUUAUGUGCAAUUACUAACUUUUCCUCCUAUAGUAUGGUGAAACAGCACUCAUGUAUGCAUGUAAGAAGAAGAAUCUUAAGCUGGUUAAGAAAAUACUAUCUAUGGGAGCUAAUUCAACCAUUUCCAAUAACGUGAAUAUUGAUCAUAAUGUAUGUAUCAUAAUUGGCAAUAUACCUUACAGAAUGGAGAUACAGCUGUUACGAUUGCAAAUGAGUUAGGCCAGGAACAGAUGCUACAAGAGCUUUUACAUAGACAAUGACGAUAGGAUAAAGUUGAGCCAGAUGAGGGGCCUUAUGAUAGUUGAUUUGUCUAUGUAUAUAUAUUAUAUGUCUCCACUUCAGCCUCAACCGUGAGUGUACCAUGAUUGCUUAGAAAACAAUUUGUUCUUAUUUAUUAUAGUUGUAUAUAUGAAAAGCUGAUGUAUAAAUUGGUCUGACGUGUAAUAUAAACGGACGCUAUGCAAAUUUAAGUGCAAACCCUCGGCGAACUGCGCAUGCGCGAUACAGCUAAUUGAUGGGCUGGGCUAGUAAU